CGUUGCACGCACGACACCCAGCCAGCGCUCAGAGCAGAGAGCAACUCGAUGGACCCAGUGAGAAGUGACAGCGUGGAUCAAGGAGCGUGCGCUAGUAGUGAAAUGAAGGACGAGAACAAAUUGGUGAUGCAGCAACAAGAGCUAGUUUCUGGCGAACAGCCCGAGCUGAGUGGUCAUUCUCCUGCAACGGAGCCGCCUAUCCCCGCUACCGAUGCAUCAUCAUCAUCGCGAUUGGAGAUCAGCAACAGACCGAGGGUAGAGGCCGAGACGCUCGCCAUCCACGCUGUCGUUGCCGCCGGAGACGUGUCCUCGGUAGAGGCUUACAUCGCCCGAAACGCCGACAAGAUUCUCAAGUUCAGGAGACCGAGCGCGACGGCAACAACAACGCUGGUGCCACCUACCUCCGGCAUCGCCGCGUUGCUCGUUGACCCAGCUGCGCCGAAGAGCGACGCGGACAGCGGCGGCGUGUCGCCCCUGGAGGUGGUGAACCUGCGAGGCAGAACGCCGCUGCACACGGCAUGCAUCGGGGGCCACAUCCGGGUGGUUGAGCUCCUCCUAGCUGCGGGGGCAGACGCGAACGCUUUCGACAACGCCGGGUUCUCCCCUCUACACCGGUGCGCUCAGUCCAGUGACCUACACUCCGCACGAGCCCUACUAGACCGCAACAAAGGUGGAGGAGGUGCCUCUCCUACCUCUGGAGAUGUCUCUGUCGUUGCUUUCGUGAACUCCGACGUCGAUGUCCCUACGAGAAGAGGCGACUACCGAGCAAUCCACCUCGCCUGCUACGCGGGGUCGGCCGACAUGGUCAACCUCUUGGCUCGGAGGGGCGCUGACGUGUCAGCCGGCGACAAGUGGGGGGCGUCUCCGCUGCACAGGGCAUGCCUCGAGGGGCACCUGGAGGCCGCGCGUGCUGUUCUCGAUGCGGGAGCCGAGGUGGACUCUAGAGACAGCUGGAAGAGCACGCCGUUGCAUCGUGCGUGCCACAGCGGACAUGCCGACAUCGUGAACCUCCUUCUGCGGAGAGGAGCGGCCACGUCAGCAAAGGACGACAUUAUGCAACGGCCUGGACAGAGCUUUGACAAUGACGUUACGAGCGAGCGGCGGCAGGUGAUCGCGGCCCUGCUGAAGGAAAGCGAGAAGUCUCGCAGUACUACUAGCAGUGUUGGUCUCGUCGGAAAUACUCCAUGUCCGGGUGCCGGCGCUUGGAGCCGAGCUCGAAACACCGCCGACCCACGCCAAGGCAAGGAGCGAAGCCCGAGUCGUUACGUCCCGCCCGCUGCCCGGGCCGCAGCGGCAGCUGCAGCGGCGGCAGAGGCGGCGGCGGCGGCAGCGGCGUCCGGGCCUACCGAUAGCGCCGGCGGGGGGUAUCGCGACACCCCCGAGUUAAAGAGUACCAUCAGCGCCGUCCAGCCUUGGCGCAGAAAAACGUCCACCUGGAUGGGACUGUCCGAGGACCGAGGCCCUGACGUGGAUAUUGAUGGAGUUGUUCGUUCGGAUGGUAGUUUCGCCGCAGCGGCCGUCGGGAUGCGAGGCGAGAAGGGCCACGGAAAAUUCGGAGACGGUUUUGCGCAAGCGGGGAGUGGGCCAGGACACGAAGAGGAGGAGGAAGACGAAGAUGACGAGGAUUUUGAUAACGAAAUCUUUGAGCUAGAGGUGGUGGGGGUUAGGGACGGGGUGGGGUCGGAAACAGGGCUGAGUGAUUGCCAUCCUACCACUGGCUGGGGGCUUCGUUCAUUUGAUGGUGCCCCAAAGACGGCGUUUCCAAGCUACCACAAUUGAGAGGCCCCAAUGGUGUGGUUUGAUGCGUCGGAGCCUUCCUCGGACUCUGGACAAAACUUUGGGUUCGACUUUGGCCGAUGUCUGUGGCUCCACCACAUUGGGACAUGUUUUGCGGCAACGAAUGGACGAGAUGGCUGGCGGGCGCUAGCUGGACACGUUGAAGCAUGGUGUGGUUUAUUUUUGUGCAAUAUCAGUUCUACACGAUCGCCGUACGCUUCUCGGCAGACGUAUCGAAGUUCCGGGGGCAAAACAAUUUUGGCUAUGCUGAGAAACUCUGGCCAAUCCGUAUGCAGAGGCUUGUUCGGUUUGGCUACGUAUUUGCUUCAAUGUGGUGGGGGCUAUCUUUGCCCUCCCGCUGAACACGCGGCAUCAUGGCGUUAGAGCCACACCCAUUAGGCAGCUGCUUGCGCUGUUUCGCGCCGCGUAGAUACGAAGAUCUUUUGUCGUUUUUUCGGCUGUAAUGGUGGGCCUCCAGGGAGAGAAAGCGCAUAUGCUUGCGUUUUAGCGUUUUCGUGUUUGCCGAGGCAGUCGGGCCGAAGAGUGUGGAGGGGGGCGGUUGCGUGACCACCACAUUUUUUUUCUUCACCUCCGUUGAGCCUCCCUCUUCCUUGCAAGGUGUGGUGUGAUCUACCGCUGUCAGUUUCGCGGUGCAGUGGUGUCGCCGUCAAUUUGCGUGGUGUGAUUCGUGGCGUGGAUGAAGUUUUGUGUUGUUUGGCGUGCCGUCUGUUACAGACCCUGUGCUUGUGUUAUCGUGUUCUAGCUGCUGUGCUUGCUUUUUUUAUGCGGAGUGUGGUUUUCGUUUUUCGAGUGUAUUCACGAGUCAUGCCGUUAUUCCGAAUCUGGUCUACGCGAAGGAAAAACCGUGAUGCUACAAUACGUUGGCUGACGAUUGUGUUCAUGUGAAUAUAGACUAGUGGUGGUCAGGUAACCUUGUCACCGACUUUGUUGUGGUUUUGUGUCGAGUGCAAUGAACGGUAGUCUAGAUUCAUAAACACAGAAAUGGGUUGAUCGUUGUAUUCCUUACAUUGCUUGGUCUUCGCAGCUUGCCUGCCUGCCUACUGUCGGCAACCGUUGGUAGUGAUAUUCUGUCGCACGUGGGAAGUGGCGUGUUCCACACAUGUUGCUACUCUAACAAAAGAUGAAAGAAUGUCGACCAACUGCGUCGCUACUGGUGUAGACUAUGUAUAAGGGCGAGAGGUGCAGCCCCUUGUGUGUACCUCGAGUUGUGGGUGAUUGCCCACCUGCCCCUAUUGUCUUCUUUGGCCUGUCUGGCUAAAAUCGGAGUUUUGGGUUGAGAUCAGGCCGAACACGCAGGAUUUUAAGAGUAUCUACAAAAUCUACAAAGAGAAUAGGGAGGGGGCACGCAGACCCUAUCCCUAACUCUAACCCCAAAGCACGGACUGAAUGCUUUUCCCAUAUUAUUAUUAGUGUAUUUUGUUUGCCCUCCGACAAUUGCAGAUAAAUGCAGACACACAUAAAAAGUCGAUCGUAAAGGCCGUCAUGUCAAGCCAAGUUAACUCGAUGCCCAAUAGCGAGGAAUGUUUGCCUCUAAGUCGACAAAACCUUGGUUGAAACACUAUAGCUGAACUCUAGGCACGAACCUUAGAUGGAGAAAAACGAACAAAACCCCAACCUCAUCCACCCGAAAUCAAGCAAAACUCGGCCCCGUCUUCCCUGGUACCCCUGACACCGUAUCGAACAGAAAUCCGCUUUCCACCGAAGUGGUUAGGUUAAAGCUGUCGCACGCAUAUUUCGGCGCGCAAAAGUCUGUGCGGCAUUGCUGAUCGAUAUUGCCACCGGUCACACCAAGAGAGAAACAUCCGCCGUCUUGCUCUUUCUGAGGCACCCCCCACUCAAGCCCAUGUUCCCCCAGACCCCCGACACUGCCACCCCCUGUUCCCACUUCCUUCCCACCUGCAACCACAAGGGCCAAGCCCUCUCCCCUUGAGCACUCCCGACACCGUAUCGAACAGAAAUCCGCUUUCCACCGAAGUGGUUAGGUUAAAGCUGUCGCACGCAUAUUUCGGCGCGCAAAAGUCUGUGCGGCAUUGCUGAUCGAUAUUGCCACCGGUCACACCAAGAGAGAAACAUCCGCCGUCUUGCUCUUUCUGAGGCACCCCCA